AUGGAACUGCACGAGGUUGUGGCAAUCGUGACUGGUGGAGCUCGAGGCUUUGGUCGCGCCUUUGCCGAAAAGAUCCUGCUUGAACAGGGCAAGGUCUUGCUCACGGACGUGGAUGGACCUACGCUGGAAGCCACGGGCAAGAAGCUUCAGUGUCAAUACGGCGAGACGAACGUGUGCUGGCAGCUCCAGAACGUCACGGAAGAGGGGAGUUUCAAGCGCGCUUUUGCGUACGGCUUCAAGUACUUCCAGGAACCGGUGAACGUGCUGGUGAACAAUGCUGGGAUCGUCAGUAAUCGGUCGUUCUUCGAGGGCGGGAACACCCAUUGGGAGACGGUUAUUCAAGUGGAUCUGGCUGCAAUCAUACGCGGCACCAAGUGUGCAGUUGCAGAGUUCAAGCGCACCCUCAAUGGUAGAGAAGGGGUGGUCGUCAAUGUUGGCAGCAUGGCUGGACUCACGACUACUCCGUUUGCACCGGACUAUGCAGCAGCCAAAGCGGGCGUCGUGGGGUUCACGCGGUCGCUGUAUCCACUCCAGAAGUCAGACAACAUGCGCUGCUUUUGUAUGUGCCCGGGAUUCGCCGAAACGGACAUGGGGCGGCUAGCUGAAGAAAUGUUACCCGAGUAUACGAAUAUGACGGACGGGCUCAUGCCAGUCCAGGUUGUCGUGGACGCCUUUGUUGCUGGCUUGCGAGAGCCUGAUAAUGCUGGUCGCGUCCAGAGUAUCAUGAAGAAGAGCACCAUGUACUUCCGCUUUCCUGGCGACAAGGUGUUGUUCCCCAAUUCGAGAUUGUAA